AUGCAACAAGUCGACAACCAUGACAUUGCCAUACAAGGCAACGCUCAGGGAAUACUUGAGGCCAAGGUAAACGUACCAAUGAAACAGGAGAAUGGGGAGUCUGGGCGGACGAAUUCCGCUCGGACUGGAAUGGCGAACGAUGUCAACAGUCUCGACAGCAAGAAGAACACUCUAAUGGAAGAGACAGAUGAAAUGAGAGAGGAUUCAAGUCCAGAGAAUUGUGAGAUGACAGUGAUAACGAAGAAGGAUUAUGUCGCUCAGGACAGGUAG